GGGAGCCUAUCUGCUGCCUGCAUCAAACCCCAGGAUAUGGAGGAAUUUCCUCUAGGGCCCAACUCAGCAGCAUGAGGUCCUGCCCACGGAGACUCAGUCGCCUGGGUCAAGGUGUCCUGUGGCCCUUGCUUCUGGCUGUGCUCAUCUUCUUCCUCUUCACCCUGCCUUCCUUCAUUAAGGAGCCUAGCACGAAGCCUUCCAGGUAUCAGUUUAUAAAAAGCACUGAAGAAAGUUCUCAGGAGUCGCUACAAAAGACCAGGGGACCGGGGACAAGCCCCCAGGCAGAGGAAGCGCAGGAGGACAGCACCCCAGACACACACCCCCGGACCACAACCCGCAGCGCUGCCCAGAGCAGGAGGGCAGAGGCCGGCCAGGCGCCCAGCACAGCAAACACCACCUCACAGAAGAGCCAAGAAGAGAGAGCCAAGGUGGACACACUGCCACCAAGAGGUCGGGACAAGGACGUGGCCUCUGCCAGGACAGAGGCACUAGCACUGCAAAGUCAAGUCGAGAAGACAACUGGAAGAAGAGAGGGCCAGAAGGGGAAGGUGACAACGGUAAGGACAGAGAAGCAUCUGACCAAAGUGGCAACUACGGCCCAGAGGCUCAGUCCAGACCACAGGGAGGAAACGCUGACCACGGCAACAGCAGCACCCACGAGGGUGAGACCGAGAGCAACCACCAGACCGAGAGCAACCACAGGACCCCGGGCGAGGACGGCAGCAGCUGUCCAGCCCAAGGAGAAGACCACCCCGGCUGCCCCGCGUGCCCCUGUCCCAAGCCCCACCAUGCAAAGAAGCCAAAGGCUGAAGGCUGCCAACUUCAAGUCUGAGCCUCGGUGGGAUUUUGAGGAAAAAUACAGCCUGGACAGGGGGAGCCUGCAGACGACCUGCCCUGACUCGGUGAAGGUCAGAGCCUCCAAGUCGCCGUGGCUGCAGAACCUCUUUCUGCCCAACCUCACUCUCUUCCUGGACUCGGCUCACUUUAACCAGAGUGAGUGGGACCGGCUGGAGCACUUCGGCCCGCCCUUCGGCUUCAUGGAGCUCAACUACUCCUUGGUGGAGAAGGUGGUGACCCGCUUCCCUCCAGUGCCCCAGCAGCAGCUUCUCCUGGCCGACCUCCCCGUCGGGAGCCCCCGGUGCAUCACUUGUGCCGUGGUGGGCAACGGGGGCAUCCUGAACAACUCCCACGUGGGCCGGGAGAUAGAUGGCCAUGACUAUGUGUUCCGACUGAGUGGCGCCGUCAUUAAAGGCUAUGAACAGGAUGUGGGUACCCGCACAUCCUUCUAUGGCUUUACCGCCUUCUCCCUGACCCAGUCCCUUCUCAUACUGGGCAAUCGGGGUUUCCAGCAUGUGCCUCUAGGGAAGGACGUUCGCUACCUGCACUUCCUAGAGGGCACCCGGGACUAUGAGUGGCUGGAAACAAUGCUCCUGAACCAGACCCUGCAGAGAAAGAACCUCUUCUGGUUCAGGCGCAGGCCCCAGGAAGCUUUUCGGGAUGCCUUGCAGUUGGACAGAUACCUGCUGCUGCAUCCAGACUUUCUCCGAUACAUGAAGAACAGGUUUCUGAGGUCAAAGACCCUGGACACUUCUCACUGGAGAAUAUAUCGCCCCACCACCGGGGCCCUCCUGCUGCUCACUGCCCUUCACCUCUGUGACAAGGUGAGUGCCUAUGGCUUUAUCACCGAGGGCCACGAGCGUUUCUCUGAUCACUACUAUGACAAAUCAUGGAAACGAGUGAUCUUUUACAUAAAUCAUGACUUCAAGUUAGAGAGAGCUGUCUGGAAGCGCCUACAUGACGAAGGUAUCAUCUGGCUGUACCAGCGUCCCCAGACAGCAGAGAACUGACCCGAGCCUGGGCCCCAGCAGGCUCUUCACCCACUCCAGGGCCCAGCGAGCCUCCUGCCAUUCCUCAGGGCUUGGACCAGGAUUGGACCUGGCUCCAAGCCCUUCAAGAUUUCCAAGAACACCACCACAGAGGAGAAAAGUCCCUCAUCACAAAGGAUUGGUGGAGGUUUUGCAGUUCUUCAGAAAGCUGCUGCAGGUUCCAAUGGAAAUUCCUGAGGCCUAGGAUUUUUUAACUAAAUGGGAUAGUAAAUGGUCAAUACCACCCAUUGCUGAAAAACACUCUUCACUGCCCAAGAGCUACUUGGCCAGAGGAAAGAGCCUGAACUCACGGAGACGCAUAGAUUGGGUUUGAAUUCAGAUCUUCUACUCGGCAGAUGUGAAACUUGGGGGCAUCACUUAAUUGAACAAGAGAUUGUCUAGAGGCCCUUUCCAAGGGUUAUCUGAUUCUUGAAAGGUCUGUACUUUUCCUUCUCUGUUUGUCAACUCCGUGUUGUGGGAAACUGAUAGUAACACAAAUGAUUCAUCUCCAUGGAGAUGCAAAUAAAUUUUGCA